CUGCCCAAGACCACUGGAUUGGGAGAUGUAAAAAAGGGAUAGAGGAAGAGGAGGUUGGAACCUCUGAGGCUCUGGCCCUGCCUGUGCUGAAAUCUCUAGCCAGGAGACAAAGCACUCAGGUUGCCCAGGGAGGCCAGGGGUCUCUGACUCCUUCUGCCUCCACCUCCUGAGACAUUUGCAGCUGCCACUGGCAAGGGAGUAUUGACCAAUAGCACAUUUCCUGGGCCUGACCUCCUUAGGUCCCCAUGGUAACCCCAUAAUGGAGGCAGCUCAGGAAUUUUUACCCCAUUUCACAGAUGGAGAAACCGAGAGGUAGACUCCCUCUUCCAAAGCCCUACAGUUAGGGAGCGCUAGAGACAGGGUUUGAACCCUGGGUCUCUCUAACCCCCAUGCCACCUCUGAACAGCCAUGUCCUGUUUCCUGUCUGUCCUUGCCCAGUUCCCAGCAAGUUUCAAAGAUGCUGUUGGCCCCUGAGGCAGGUGCCCUUUUGCACAUGCGUAGAGGACAGGAUGGUCACCCUGUUGUCUGUCAGAACUGUGGCCAAGGGGCAAGUCGGGUGCUUUCCUGCAUCCCCUCCUCUGACUGGAAGUCAUUCCCAAGAUACCAACACAGGACACGAAACCUCAGAAACAAGGAGCCCGCCCCAAAGGAGGCAGAGAUCUGUGCCCAAGCCUGAACCCUGAGGCAGUGCUGGCCAUAGGCCAGAGGUCUGGGAGCCUGAGGACACGCCCCGGCCUCUGAGGACAGAGUAUAAGAAUUGUUGGCUUUCCCUGAUUCACCAUGCAUUACUAGGCCAGCUCUGCGCUGGCCUGGAUUUCCUCACGUCUCCAAAGGCCAAUAGUACUUAGAACACAGAGGCAGACUUUCCUGGGGUCCCCCAGUGAGACGGCGGGAGGGGGUGGCACAGCUCCCUCCACCCGCUCCCAUUCCAACUCGACAGGCAGCCACAGGGCCCUGGGACCCGCCUUCACCACGCAGCCUCUGCCGCUCCCGUGGCCACUCAGACCCGCAGGGAGGUCGGCUCAGACAGGAGGUAUCCGGGCUCUAGCUGAGUCAGGGCCAGGGGGUGGGCUGGGCAGGGCUGAGCCGAGGGCCUCAGGGUGGGCGUGGGGCUCCGUGGCCUCCUGGGUGAGGUGGUGGCGGCGACAGCGGCAGCGACAACCCCGAUGGAGGCCCAACGAGGUCCAGCAGAGCACGCCCUGCACUGGGGCCUCCUAGUCUUGGCCCUUGUCGUCUGUCUCCUCCACUGUGAUCCCUUCACCUGCUUCUCCUUUCUCUCCUCUCCUCCACCCGCCCCAAGUUUCGAGGACUCCACCCUGUCCACGGCCACUACCCUUGAGUCUAUCCCCAGCUCCACGGGAGAGCCGAAAUGCCAGCGACCCCGCACCCUGAUGCGGCAGCAGAGCCUGCAGCAGCCGCUGAGCCAGCACCAGCGGGGCCGGCAGCCCAGCCAGCCCACCACCAGCCAGAGCCUGGGCCAGCUGCAGGCCCACAUGGCCUCAGCGCCGGGCCCCAACCCCCGGGCCUAUGGCCGGGGCCAGGCUCGGCAGGGCUCCUCGGCUGGCUCCAAGUACCGGCCGGCUGGCGGCCGCAGCCGCUCCAACCCGGGCAGCUGGGACCACGUGGUGGGGCAGAUUCGAAACCGUGGCUUGGACAUGAAAUCCUUCCUGUUGCCUGCAGGUGGGAAGGCGGUGAACACAGCCCCGGUGCCGGGCCAGACGCCCCACGAUGAGUCUGACCGCCGGACCGAACCACGCUCCUCUGUCUCAGACCUCGUCAACUCCCUCACCAGCGAGAUGCUCAUGCUCUCCCCAGGCUCUGAGGAGGACGAGGCCCACGAGGGCUGCAGCCGAGAGAACCUGGGCCGGAUCCAGUUCAGCGUCGGCUACAACUUCCAGGAGUCCACGCUCACCGUGAAGAUCAUGAAGGCCCAGGAGCUGCCGGCCAAGGACUUCAGCGGCACCAGCGACCCCUUUGUCAAGAUCUACCUGCUGCCAGACAAGAAGCACAAGCUGGAGACCAAGGUGAAACGGAAGAACCUGAACCCCCACUGGAACGAGACCUUCCUCUUUGAAGGUUUCCCCUACGAGAAGGUGGUGCAGAGGGUCCUCUACCUCCAGGUCCUGGACUAUGACCGCUUCAGCCGCAACGACCCCAUCGGGGAGGUGUCCAUCCCCCUCAACAAGGUGGACCUGACCCAGAUGCAGACCUUCUGGAAGGAUCUGAAGCCAUGCAGCGAUGGGAGUGGGAGCCGAGGGGAGCUGCUCCUGUCCCUCUGCUACAACCCCUCUGCCAACUCCAUCAUCGUGAACAUCAUCAAAGCCCGGAACCUCAAAGCCAUGGACAUCGGGGGCACAUCAGACCCCUAUGUGAAGGUGUGGCUGAUGUACAAGGACAAGCGGGUAGAGAAGAAGAAGACGGUGACGAUGAAAAGGAACCUGAACCCCAUCUUCAACGAGUCCUUUGCCUUCGACAUCCCCACGGAGAAGCUGAGGGAGACGACCAUCAUCAUCACCGUCAUGGACAAGGACAGGCUCAGCCGCAACGACGUCAUCGGCAAGAUCUACCUAUCCUGGAAGAGUGGGCCCGGGGAGGUGAAACACUGGAAGGACAUGAUUGCCCGUCCCCGGCAGCCUGUGGCCCAGUGGCACCAGCUGAAGGCCUGAAUGGGGCCAAGGGAGGCCCAGGGGGCCAAGGGCCUGGGUCCCCAUCAUGCCCUCACCACUUUAUGCACAAUGCCCAGCCUGGCCCCCCUGCCAUGGGUGAUGGGAGGAUCCUGAGGGCUUGGCCAAGGAGGGGACCCAGGAAUCAGUUGGGCCCCAUUCCUAGGGAGAACCAGCCCCACCCCUUCAUGGCCCAGCUCUGGGGUAGGGGCUCUGGGGGCCAUUUUCCUGCUUUGCCCCUUUCCUUCCUGACUUGCUGAUACUAAAGAAGUGGGGCGGGGGGAGCACAUGAGCCAGACAGGCAGACGGGCAGAUCCCUCCAGAGGCCCGCCAGGUGGGCACGGUCCCCCGUUUUCUUUAAGGCAGUGCCUGGAGUGGAGAAAGGCCACCCCCUCCCCAGCCCCCAGGAUGGGCCCAGGAGAGGGGAGGUCGAGGCGUUUGGCCCCGGCCUGGCCAAGCGUGCCCAUUCCAGAGCGGUUUCAGGUGCCGGCUGGGCCCUGAAUGCCGAGGAUAGUAUAUAGACCGCUCCGGGCUCCUGGAGCCCCAGCCCUGUGUACUUGUGUUGUGUCCACUGUGAGUGUGUGUAUGUGUGUGUGCGUGUGUUUGCAGUGGGGGUACUUGCUCCCUGUUUCCCUGGGGCUGACAGUGCUGAAGACGAGGCAGAGAGGGCAGGAUUUCACGAGGUGAGGUAGGGCUGGAGGCUGGAAGUCAGUGCCCGGAGCCAGGGGGUAGGAGGGCGAGGCAGGUGAGGGGUGAGGGAGGCAGGGAUGGAGGAAGGGUAGGGUGGGGAAGAGGGGCAGACACUAGAGCUGGGCUGAGAACUGGGCUGCUUCCUUCUGCCCUCACCCCAGCACCCCUCUCCGUUAGAGCUCUCCACUUGCUCCUUCCCCAGCAAUUUCAUCUCUUGAAUAUCAUUUCACACACCUACUGUGUAUACCACAUUCCAUCAGGACUCACCGGCUCCCUUCCAUCUCAGGGGUCCCAAGCCCCCACUAGCUCCCUUCCCUAACACCCGCAUCCAAAGACACCCUCAGCCUUCCCAGAUGUCAUGUCCCAGCCACACUGGCAACAUUCUCCAUGCCUUCCAGCCUCCUUCCCUUCCUCCUCUUUCCCUGUGCAGACCUCUGCACCCACACUCUUCCGCCCCUCCAUCCCCUGUGCUCAUAGACCUUCCCCUUCAUUCUGUUGUGGCUUCUGAUCUACCAUCACUCGAAUUUCUCACAUUCCCCACCGCUCCUGGACCCUCAGAGCAGCUCC